AUUACAAUACAAUCAUUAUCGAUAUCUUUGUUCCCAUUAAAGAAUAAAACGAGAUCAGGUCUUAAACGUUCAGAAUUACUACUUUCAGUAAAUUUAAUUGACUUUGAUUGGAAAAGUAUACAGAAAGAAGUGAAUUUGUUGAAGGAACUCCCUGUAUCAAAACGUUCCGAAAACCUUUUGAUCACGGGCCCGCUGUUAAGAAUUUUGAUAAGAGGUGGCGAUAGUGGUACAUUAAUUCCGAAGAUCUUAGUUGAAAUAAGUUACAAGAUUGAAAUAUUUGAACUGAUAUUUGAACAAUACUCCAUUGACUUGGUAAAUUCGAUACGUGGUGUGGUACUUGACUCUAGCAAACGAAUGACAACUGAGUAUGAAAAGAAACUUGAAAAUCCAAAUAUAAGUAGAACUGAGCCUAUAAGUCCUCAACUAUUUUAUAGGACGGUUUCAGACCACACAAGAUCGUUAAAUUCUGUAGAACUGAGGUAUGAUAUACCUGAAUUGGAAACCCAACUAUUAAGGUUUCAACGUAAAACAGUCAAGUGGUUAUUAGAUAGAGAAGGGGUUCAAUAUGAUAGUACCAACAAUAGAUGUGAACCAAAAAAAUUACUAUCAAAUUCUAUUCAAAGACAAUUAAAGGAAUUCGAGGAAAAAUUUAACCAUCUAAUGGCUGUGUCGGAUUUGGAUAACGAAGUACAUGCUCUAUUAUUAAGGAUGUGUUUUGGAUGGUCAAUGAUUGAAUUAAACCAUAAAGUAUAUUGGUAUAACCCAUACACUGGUUGUAUAAGUACCAGAAAAUUAGUGUAUGAUACGAUCUUGAAGACUUUCGAAGAAUCUUCAAAUGUGAAUUUCCCAGCUCAGGGACUUUUAGCUGAAGAGAUGGGACUCGGCAAAACUGUGGAAAUCACUACACUUGUAAUUUUAAACCAAAGACCAAUAGAAGAAAUUAACGAACCAAUUAAUAUUUCAUUGAAGCCGUAUGGAGAUAUUAAAACAAUUCCAAAGGCGAAAACAACAUUGAUUAUAUCCCCGGAUUCAAUUUUGAAACAAUGGGUAGAGGAAAUCGUAAGAUUGGCACCAUCAUUGGCCGUCACUGUAUACAACGGUGUUGAUAAAUACCAAAAGUUGAACAAUAAUGCUAGUUUAAUUGCCGAAUAUUUGCGUGGAUUCGAUAUAGUUUUCACGACAUAUUCUACUAUAUCCAAGGAAUUGGAUUAUGCUUUAUAUUCAACAAGGAAAAAGCCAACACGGACAAGUGCAACGAGAAAAAGAACAAUUGAGCAAGUGAAUGAUACCACGGAAGAAUCUGAAUCAUCUACUCCAGAUGGUUCAGGAACUAAGUAUGAUAAAUCUGAGCUUUUGAAUCAAUACAGAUCUCUUUUCCAAUUAACACUUGAAUUGAAAAAACCAAAAAUUGCAAAUGAGAGAGCAACAGAAGAUCAAGUGGAAACUGAUUAUGAAAAGGCAUUACAGGAUGAAAUCAUGUUGGCUUUAAAACAUAACCGUAUACCGAAUAUUUAUCAUGAUCAAGAAUACCAGUCACCAUUGAUGUUAACUCAUUUCUGGAGAGUUGUACUUGAUGAAGUGCAAAUGGUUUCUUCAAGACUUUCAAGAGCAUUUCAAAGUGCAGCCUUAAUUCCAAGGCAUCAUGCAUGGGGUGUAUCUGGAACUCCGAUUAAGAAAGAUUUCGGUGAUCUAAAUUCUGUUCUUCGUUUCUUAAGUGUGGAGCCAUUUGGAAAUGAAUAUUAUGCCAAAAACAGUUGGGAAAAGUUAAUUUCUUCAACGGAUAAUUCAGAUUUCGUUAAACUUUGGUCUAUGAUAUCGUUAAGACAUACUAAAGCGAUGGUACAUGACGAUAUCAAACUUCCUCCACAAAGUAGAGUAUUAAUGACCAUACCAUUUAAUCCUGUUGAGCAGGAAAACUACAAUCAGAUGUUUGAAGAGUGUUUGGCAGCUAUAUGUUUAGAUGAAAAGGGUAACCCUGUAUUAAAUGAUUGGGAGCCUACCAAUAUGGUUCUUGCACAUAUGAGAUAUUGGUUAGUGAAAUUACGUCAAGUUUGUUGUAAUCCACAAAUUGGAAAUCUAAAUUUUAAAAGAUACAAAUCCAGAAACCAUCAUUUAUUCUAUGGGAAGCUGGUAAAUACGGUACAACAAUUGAAAACACUUGAGAAUGUUCUCGAUGAUAUGUUGGGACGUGCUUAUGAUCAAAUCACCGAAGCUGAGAAGGAAAAGGUUCAAUUAUAUCUUGAUUUAGCUGAAUUUCAAGAAUAUAUUUUAUCGCCUGCUGAUGCCUUGGAAUUUUUGAAAGUUGGUGUUAGGGAUUGUGAACGUAUAAUUGCUCGUUUGAACAUUCAACUUAAACAAUACAUUAAGAAAUAUAAAUCGUAUAAAAAGAUCGAUAGUUCUAUUGCAUCUGACAAAGAUGAGAGUGAACUGGAUCAGUUUGAAGACGACGAUAUUUCCACAAAUGAGAAUACGUACAAAACGUCUGACUUUAUCCAAACAACUCCAAUUCGAAAUGAAAGUACCGAGGAAGCUAUUAAGUACGAAGACAAAAUAAAGGCUACUAGACUCAAAUUGAGAUCCUGGAAUGUCUUACUACAUAAAUAUUAUUUCUUGAUAGCUUCAUGUCAUUUCCAAUGUUAUGAUGAAUUAUAUUUGCAAAAAAUUAAAGACUCUCAAUUUGGAAAUAUUCCUUAUUCUGAAGGUAUUGGAAAACUUAAAGUGAAAGAUACUUCAAAAGAUGAAAUUUCCGCAAUUGUGUGUGGAAUUCAUAUUAACGAUUCAGUCACAAUAGAUCCAAUUACAAACUUCAGUCCUGGAGAAGAAUUAAAAUCAGAGGAAGACAUUUCUGCUGCAAAAAAUCGCUUCCUCGAACAUGAAUACUAUGGAUUAGCUGAAAGAGUUCGUGAAAGAAUUCUACAAGGCUCUAUUAAAGCGGUGAUGCAAUCUGUAAAGCUGCGAAUUACAUCCCGUGGUCUCUAUCAAGAAUCGGAAUUCUAUGAUAGAGGAGAAAUUCAGUUCCCAAAGAAUUCUAAGAAACUAUUUAAAUACUUGCCAUUGAUCGAUAUUGAAUAUUUGGAGGCAUCUGUUGUGGGGAUGAAAUCAAAAUUAUUUUACAAUAAGAUCCAAAAUAUUAGCAAACAAUUAAAUAAGCAAGCUCGAACUAUCAAUAUGUGGAUGGAUGAGUUGCUUCGAAUCUUAUGUAAACCAUUAUUGAGCCACGAUAAAACUCCAGAUGGGGCUGAAUACGAAGAGUCUAUUGAAGAUCAAGAAAAGGCAUUAUGUUAUUUACAUGUUCUUACCAAAACGAUUAACGAUAGAUCGGAUGCGAUUUUAGGUGGAGAAAAAACAAACAAGACUAUCAAUACCAAAAAACAGCAGAAGGAAAUGAUGGAUCGUGAACUUAACAACGUAAAUAAUACAGAAUUUUUAAAUAGCUUACAGGAAAAAUUGAAUGAAGAAAAAAUAACCCUGUCUAUAUCACUCCAAGAGAUUGCUCUUAGUACUCAAGCAACUGAGAAUGACUUGGAAGAUAAUGUGAAUAUUGAUGCAGAACAUCUAAAUGGACUUGGUUUUGAGAAGGAUUUAUUUGCACAACUCUCAUUAAAGGUUAGAAAGAUAUUUGACAAUCAAAAGUUAGCACAGGUACUUCUCCAUAAGGAAAUUACAGUUAACUAUAAUGCAGUUUUCAAUACUCGUAUUGAAUAUUUUAAACAAUUGCAACAAAUUUCAGAUAGUGUUGGCUCUCAAUAUACCCUUCAAUCUACAUUGCAAGAGGAAGAAAUUGGAUUUAUUCUUACCAGAUUUGUGAGUAAGCAUUCUGAAAUAGUGCAGAGAAUGACUAAAUCGGUUGCGAAAUAUAGAUAUCUUCAAUCAUUAGUGCAACCAGUCGAUUCCGAUACUGGUGGAAUCGAGGAAGACGAAGAUAGCCACAUGUGUACAAUUUGUCGAUCUUCAAUUACAAUUGGAUCUUUAACUCAAUGUGGGCAUAAAUAUUGUAAAGAUUGUCUUGAACAUUGGUUAAGAAAUUCUCGAUCUUGUCCCAUGUGUAAAACUCAGAUCAGUGAGAUGACUAUCUAUAAUUUCACCCAUCAUAAGCCAAAUUUAAAAGCCAAUACUGUUAAUGAAGGUGAGCUUGUUAAGGCUAAACUGGCCACUUUGCAUUCCAUUUACAAAUCCAUAAAUGCUAGUGUUAUUGAAGAUAUUCAACUGAUAGAGCUUAAAACCUCUUAUAGUUCGAAAGUUGAUAUGAUUAUUAAGCAGGUAUUAUAUUUGAAGAACCAGAAUCCAGAUGUACAGAUUGUCAUAUUUAGUCAAUGGCAAGAUUUGUUGUAUAUCAUUGGAACUGCAUUGAAAACUGUGAAUAUUUCAUAUUUGGCUUCCCAUGGAACAUUAACCCCAGAAAUUGGUGGAGGUCGUCGUCGAAAUAAAUAUGACAGUGUUGAACAAUUUAAAAAUCCCACUUUGGGUAUUACCUGUUUUUUGCUUAAUGCAAAAGCACAGGCUAGUGGACUCACUUUAAUCAAUGCCACACAUAUCUUCCUUUGUGAACCAUUGGUUAAUACGUCUUUAGAAUUACAAGCAAUUUCGAGAAUACAUAGAAUUGGCCAGACUAAACCGACUACUGUUUGGAUGUUUGCCAUUGAAAAUACCGUGGAAGAAAGUAUUCUCUUGAUGUCAACUAAUAAGAGACUACAAUAUUUUGAAACGCCACAAUCUGAAAAGGACGUUUCCAAUCGAAUAUCAAAUACGAAUGAAAAGGAUUUAUCUAAUGCUGAAUCUAUCACCAUGAUGAAAAGUGGAGGUAUUGAUACAUUAGUAAACAAGAGUCAUUCAGAAGGUGAAUCUGUAACUAAUGGAGACUUGUGGAAUGCAUUUUUCAGUGCAACUUCUACAACAGACACACCAGUAAAGGAAUUCCAUAAUAUGAAAUAA